UUUCAGAAAUAACCUAUCUUCAAAACUUCAAAACAGAAGAUAGUACCAAAGAUCCUCUUUGAUAAUACUUGAAAUAAGUAUAUAUUUAAUGCAUUAAGACCAACAAAUUAUGUCGGACGACGAAGUACAAUAUGUCAAAAAACAAAAAACUAUCCAUUAUGGAUCUUUGGAAGAAUCUGAAAGAGCAAGGUUAGAACAAAAAGACGAUGAUAAGAGUGAAGAUGAAGAAACUAACAGCAUAUCACAAGUACACACUUCAAAUGAGUAUAUGGAACUCGAAGAUGCUAUGUCUAGAGAUAAACAAGCCUUACUGGAGGAAUUUGAAAGAAGGAAAAAAGCUCGAUCUAUCAAUGUAUCCACUGAUGAUGCUGAAGUGAAAAGAAAUUUGAGACAACUUGGGGAACCCAUUUGUUUAUUUGGCGAAGGUCCUGCAGAAAGAAGAAGCAGACUGAGAGAAAUUUUGGGCCGAAUAGGUGAAGACGCAGUUAUCAGAAGAGAAGCUGAAGAAGAGCGGAAACUUUUUGAGAAAGACCAGGAAACCACUUGGUAUCAUGAAGGACCUGAAUCUCUAAGAGUGGCAAGGCUUUGGAUAGCUGAAUAUUCACUUCCGAGAGCAAAGGCACGACUCGAAGAAGCUAGAAGAAUGCUUGACUGUCCUACUGCUACUAAAACAGCCAAAAUGCAAGAGCUUCAGAAGAAAAUUCAGGUAUUGUCGAUUCAUUCAAGUCAGAUAGGUGACACAAGACCAUUAUCUUAUUGUCAGUUCAGUCCUAACUCCAAAUUGUUGGCAACAGCGUCUUGGAGUGGUCUUUGCAAAAUAUGGUCUGUACCUGAUUGUGAAUUGAAGCAGGUAUUGAAAGGACAUACCUGCAAUGUAGGAGCCAUAGUGUUCCACCCACAGGCAACUCUUAAUCUUGAUGAGAAUGUGUGUAAUAUGGCUUCAUGUGCCUCUGAUGGGUCUGUCAAAUUAUGGGAUUUGAAGGGAAAGGAACCAAUUGCUGACAUUGAGGGACAUAUGCCUCACAGAGUAUCCAGAAUGGGAUUUCAUCCCUCUGGUCGAUUUCUAGGAACUUGCUGCUAUGAUAACUCCUGGAGAUUGUGGGAUUUACAGCAGUGCACCGAGGUGCUCCAUCAGGAAGGUCAUGUGAAACCUGUACAUUGCAUAUCAUUUCAGGUUGACGGCUCUGUAUGUGCCACAGGUGGUUUGGAUUCGUUUGGAAGAGUAUGGGAUUUGAGGACAGGUAGGUGUAUCAUGUUUAUGGAGGGCCACCUUCAAUGGAUAAUAGGGAUAGACUUUUCGCCCAACGGAUAUCAUAUAGCCACAGCGAGUGAAGACAACACAUGCAAAAUUUGGGAUCUACGAAAAAGGAACAUCCUAUAUACCAUACCAGCCCAUACAAACUUGAUAUCCGACGUAAAGUUCCAGAAAGAUGGAGGUGAUUACUUGGUAACAGCGUCCUAUGACAAUACGGCCAAGUUGUGGACAAACCGUACUUGGCAACCAUUGAAAACAUUGUCUGGUCAUGAUGGAAAGAUAAUGUGUGUCGAUAUUUCUCCUGACAGUCAAUAUAUUGCUACGUGUUCAUAUGACAGAACGUUCAAGUUCUGGGCUCCAGAGUGAAUUGUUGUUGAAUAGGUUAUUUAUUAUUAGUUGUAAAGCCUUUUUUAAUAAAAAGAGUGAAGCUGUAAA